AGAGUCAUGGGAUUCUCAACCUCGAAAAGAGUGCUAAUAUUUGUUCCUUUGAUCCUGCUUGUUGUUUCACAUUCUUCACUUAAUGUUGCUUCUAACUCUUUUGAUGAAGCACGUUCCCUGCUAAAAUGGAAAGCCAGCCUUAACCAGACCAACCCACUCCUGCCCUCGUGGAUUCUUUAUCCUGGAAAUGCCACCAAUACUUCUAGUUCUAGCCACCUUGAAAUGAAUGUAAGCCCAUGUUCCUGGCAUGGAAUUAGGUGCAACAAAGCUGGAAGAGUCCAUUCUGUCAACCUCACAAGUUGCGGUUUAAAAGGUACGCUCCAAGAAUUUCCGUUCUCGUCCCUUCCUAAACUUGUAUACGUUGAUCUUAGUGCAAACGAAUUAUAUGGCAUCAUCCCACCUCAAAUCGGUCAACUUUCCAAGCUCAUCUAUCUUGAUUUGCAAAUUAAUCUGCUGUCUGGAAAAAUUCCACCAGAAAUUGGUCUUCUAACAAAUCUUAGAACAUUACACCUCAAUGACAACAAGUUAAAUGGCUCAAUCCCUAGGGAAAUGUGUCAACUAAGGUUGCUUGAAGAGCUUGCUUUGCAUAUGAAUCGUCUCGAUGAUUCAAUUCCUUCUUGCUUGGGCAAUUUGACUAACCUUUUUUGGUUAUCUCUUUACAAUAAUUCACUUUCUGGUUCCAUUCCUCAAGAAAUUGGAAAGCUCUCCAAUUUGGUUGAACUUUACCUAGACACCAACUACCUAACAGGUUCCAUCCCUUCCACUUUAGGCUACUUAGAGAACCUCACUGUGUUAAACAUUUUUAAUAAUCAACUUUCCGGUCCCAUCCCUGAAGAAAUAGGAAAUUUGAAGAAUCUUAUGGUUCUAAGCCUUAAAACAAACAAUCUUUCUGGUCCAAUUCCGGCAUCAUUAGGUCGUCUAACAUACAUUGAACUUCUUCAUCUCUACCAAAAUCAACUUUCUGGAUCCAUUCCUGAAGAGCUGGGAAACUUAUCGUCUCUUGUUGAUCUAGAGUUAAGUCAGAAUCAACUAAAUGGUUCGAUUCCUGCUUCAUUUGGUCUUUUAAGCAAAUUAAAAAUUGUAUUCCUUCGUGACAAUCAACUUUCUGGUUCCAUCCCCCAUGAAAUUGGAAAUCUAAGCAAAUUAUUUGAGCUGAACCUUGACGAAAACCAAUUGACUGGUGUUUUGCCCCAGAAUAUUUGCUUUAGAGGAUCACUUAAGAAAUUGGCUGUGAAUGACAACCAACUAACAGGUCCAAUCCCCAGAAGUUUGAAAAUUUGCUCAAGCUUAGUCAGAGCCCGUUUUGAUGGAAACCAACUCCAUGGAAAUAUCACUGAAGAUUUUGGUGUCUAUCCACACCUGGAGUUCAUAGAUCUAAGCCACAAUAAAUUCUAUGGUGAAAUCUCAUCCAACUGGGGGAGGUGUCACAACUUGUCAACCCUAAAGAUUGCAGGGAAUAAUAUUUCGGGUAGGAUACCAACUAAUAUUGGAAAUGCCUUUUGGCUACAUUUUCUUGAUCUUUCUUUAAAUCAUUUAGUUGGAAGGAUUCCUAAGGAAUUGGGGAAAUUGACUUCUUUGGUGAAGUUGAUUUUAAACAGCAAUCAGCUUUCCGACGGGAUACCUUCAGAAUUUGGAUCGUUAUCCGAUCUUGAGUAUCUAGACCUGUCGGCAAACAGAUUGAACAAAUCGAUUCCUGACGAUGUUGGAAACUUAGCUAAACUCAACUACUUGAAUUUAAGCUGUAAUGAGUUUAGCCAAGAAAUUCCAAUUCAGUUGGGGAAGUUAACUCAGUUGUCCGUGUUGGAUUUAAGCUGGAACUUCCUCAGUGGAGAAAUAUCAGAUAGAUUCAGAAGCAUCCAGAGCCUGGAUAUAUUGAAUCUGUCUCACAAUCACCUCACUGGUCCCAUUCCAGAACUGCAUGGCUUGUCCCAGCUCGAUCUUAGUCACAACAGGCUCACUGGAGAGAUACCGGCAAAAUUUUCAAGUUUGCGAACCUUGGAGAUACUGAAUCUUUCUCACAACAAGCUUAAUGGUAUCAUUCCAGCAACGUUAGCGCAACUGCCUGAAUUGCGAUCCGUUGAUCUAUCAGAUAACGAGUUGUGGGGUCCCAUUCCCAACAGCAAAGCAUUUCAAGAUGCUGCAUUGAAAGGUAACAGAGGACUCUGUGGUAACGCUAGCGGUCUGCAGCCUUGCAAGAUUGCAAAGAUUCACAAACAUGUUUUGGGAAAGGGCAUAAAAUUUUCUCUGAUGAUUGUGUUUCCUAUUUUCGGAGCAGUUGUCCUAUUCUGCGGUUUAAUUAUCAUGUUGUUCAGUUUCCAAACAAGGAAAAGAGGCUCAGUGACAGGAAGCAACAUGAAUAACGAAGAGUUGCUUUCCAUAUCAAUUUUCGAUGGCAAAAUAAUGCACCGAGAAAUCAUAGAAGCAACCAAGAAUUUCGACAGCAUGUACUGCAUUGGAGAGGGCAGAUUUGGACGUGUCUACAAAGCAGAGUUGUUAUCGGGUGAUACUGUAGCUGUAAAGAAAUUCCAUUCGUUACCUCAUGAUGAGAUGGCAGAUCAAAAAGAAUUCCUGAAUGAGAUAAGGGUAUUAACAGAGGUAAGGCAUCGAAAUGUUGUCAAACUCUAUGGUUUUUGUUCACAUGUCCGACACACAUUUCUAGUUUACGAGUACCUCCCUAGGGGUAGCCUGGCCACGAUCCUGUGCAAUGAUGAAGCUGCAAAAGAAUUUGGCUGGGAUAAAAGGCUGACGGUCAUAAAAGGUGCAGCUUAUGCCUUGUACCACAUGCACCAUGAGUGCAAACCACCAAUUGUUCAUAGAGACAUAUCAAGCAAGAAUGUUCUGCUGGACUCAGAAUAUGAAGCUCAUGUUUCGGAUUUUGGCACAGCUAAGCUUCUCAACCUAGAUUCUUCCAAUCGGACUAUGCUUGCAGGCACUUACGGAUACGUAGCACCAGAGCUUGCAUACACAAUGAAAGUGACAGAAAAAUGCGAUGUGUACAGCUUUGGGGUGUUGGUACUGGAAGUCAUCAAAGGAAAGCAUCCUGGUGAUCUAAUUUCUACAAUGUUAUCUCACUCAGGCAAUAUGGAGAUAGCAUUCAAUGAUGUGUUGGAUGAGCGUUUGUCGCCUCCUUCACUUGAGGUUGAAGACAAAUGGGCAUUCAUAGUGAGUCUGGCAUUUUCAUGCUUAAAUGCCAAUCCACAGUCUAGGCCAGACAUGUAUAUUGUUUGUCAGUCGUUAUCCAAAUGAACAUCUUAUCAGAUCAUUUAUUUUGGGUAUAAACCUAUUUUCUGCUAGGAUUUCUGUUGUAAUGGACCUGGCCUUUUGUUUAGACAGAGUUUGGUUUUUUAUGGCUAGAAAUUGUGUUUGCUAUGCUAUGACCUUAUAUUGUAUUUGAGUUUAUUUUAAUGAAGGCUGUCUCUUUGAACUUUUUUCUUU